UAGAGAAAUGUCAGAAAAAGGAUUAUGGGACCGUACAUCUUGCAAUCUCCUGAGGGGAGUGUGAAUCCAUAUCGUCACGAUGUUGACACAACGAGAGAGGGCCUAUACGAUCGCUCCAGGUCUUUGUAUCUUUUCUGAUAGACGCUAUGAUAGUCUUAUGAUGAAGGGGCUGAUAAAUCAAGAGAGAUCAUUGAUCAUGCAUAUAAUUCAUGAGAAACGACAAACAAGAAAACAAGCAGUAUUUUUGGCGUCGGCCGCCGGUGCGAAUAGCCUCGUUAUGCAGUCGGUACUAUACUCUGCUGACCAUCCAGGUUCGAGCCUUGGAAAGUCCAAAGAACCCCGAAGCACUUGUUGAAUGGAAGAGAAAACAAUAUGAAAAGUAGGGUAAGUAAAUAACAAUAAGGACGGGCAGUGUGACUGGAAGUAAA